GUGUGCCAUGUGUCUGCAUGGCAAGGUAUGGAAUGAUGUCUGUUCCUCUUAUAGCAGCUAGAAAAACUUGUUCCUUCAUCAUCCUCUCCUCUUCUUCUCUCUGUUGAAGUUAAGACAAAAAAGUCACAAAGUUAAGGCAGGCUGUGGUUUUAGACGACAUCGUAAUGUUAGCAGGAAGAGGAACUGCUUGAGCUGCUACAGACACAGUAACAUCUUCACACAGAAGCAGGACUCAAGAAAAGCUCACAAUUUUUUCAACAUCAGAACAAGUUUAACAUGAGCUGCUUUUUCAUUUUUAUUCUCGUCAUUUCCAGUGCUGUCUGUCAGGCAUCGAGGGAGUUUAGUCUUAAAACUGGAGCAUCUGUCACUAUCCCAUGUCAUUAUGAUAGGAAAUAUAUACAACAUAAGAAAUACUGGUGCUAUGGAGGAACAUUCAGUUCAUGCACAAUUCAGGCGUAUGCCAAUAAUACAAAAGGAAAAGUGACAGUAACUGAUUACCCAGCUGAGAGUCUCUUUACUGUGACAAUGAAUAAUCUCCAGACAGGAAAUACUGGAUGGUACUGGUGUGCUGUAGAGAUAAGUGGAAUAUUGGACCCAGACGUUGGAGAAUACCUUUAUAUCACAGUGAAAUCAGAUCCUGAUCUGUCUGUGAGGAACAGCAGAGUGAGAGGUGAGGAAGGAGGCAGUGUCACAGUCCAGUGUUUCUACAGCGCUGCGUAUCAGAAUACACAGAAGCAGUGGUGCAGAUUCAACAAUGGACGCUGCAACUCAGUGGGGAGGACUGCCACAUCCCAGAAUUCAGCAGUGCACAUCAGUGAUGAUGGGAGAAGAUCCUUGAGUGUGCAGAUGAGUGGACUGAAGAAGAGUGAUGCUGGCUGGUACUGGUGCAGUGCAGGAGAUCUGCAGGUUCCUGUUCACAUCAGUGUCCAUGAUCCACCUCCAGUUGUGACUACAACAGUGACUACAGCAGUGACUACAGCAUUGACUAGAACCACUCACCAUGUCAGUACUUACACAUCUGUCUCGAAGCACAAUUCAGCAGCAUCUGUGACUGCAGUUUCUAGCAGUGAUGAAACCAUUGGGGGUGAGCCCGUGAUCCACUGGUACCUGGUGGCCCUUAUUUUACUACUGGUGAUACUGGUCAUCAUCAUCUGCAUGCUAAGAAAGAAAUGCAAGAAUCAAAUCAGGACCAGAGAGAGGAGCAAUGACACCACUGUUCACACACAGCCCACUUUUCCAGCUGAAGACUCCAUUAUAUACAGCACUGUGGCUGUUUCUAAGCCAAAGUCUUCAGCAUCAAAAGAUAAUGAGCAGGACGUGACCUACAGCAUUGUAAACAUUGCUUCCAAGAAUAAAUCUGUGUCUCCAAAUAAUGUUGAUGUUGAGAACAUCUACAGCAACGUGGUGUGCCAGUAAGAGAUGUGUAUAUAAGUAUAUAAAGAUUGAUGUCCUGUUUGGCUGGAAGGAAACUGUGGGUGGUGCCUCAGGGAUCUCUACUGGGUCUCAUGUUCAUCCUCAGCAUUAUGAACAAACCCAAUCAGGACAAGGACAACAUACCUCACACUCAUACCACUGACUUACAUCAUAGUCACAUGACCCUCAGUCAUUCAGAAAAUACCAGUUUCCUUACUGUAGCUGCCACAUGCUAACUGCUAAAGCUAACUCAAUACAAGUCCUACUACACCAGCUAUCAUCAUUUCCAUCCACACGGCACACACCAGUCCAGCCCUUAAAUACAGACAUGCGUAUGCAACAUAACACACUGAGGAACUUACACAACUGGAUGAAUAUAAAUGUAAGAAAAAAAAACAAUUGGUGAUUGCAAAUAAAAAGAGCAAUUCCCGCAUCUAGUAUAUCUAUGUGUUCUUAUAUAUUUCUCACAUUUGCAUAUAAAUACAAGGACCGACAAAGUGGUACAUUUACAUGUCUAAUAAAUAUCUGAAGCAUUCAGGGUUAUUGUCGCUCAUUAAUGUUUUACUUGUAAAUAAUAAUUUAUCACUUUUUAUUGUGACAG